GAAAAAGAAGUGUGCACCGUUAAAAUGUGUGUUGAAAAGAAGGAAGAGAGAGAGAGACAUGAAGAAGUUGGAGAUGGAGGAUAGUUGUGAAGAGCUCAAAAAACGAGAGUCACGAUCUGAAAAUGAACAAAAAGAAACUACAAAGACAAUACAAAUUCAUAGAAAAACAAGAUCAAAGGGCGGUCUAGUCACCUUGCCCUUUGUUAUAGCAAAUGAGGCACUGGAGAGGGUGUCAAGCUUCGGGCUAAUGCCGAACAUGAUUCUGUAUUUGAUGAAAAAUUAUGGAAUGGGUAUGACUCAAGGCCAGAAUUUGCUCUUCUUCUGGUCGGCUGCAACCAAUUUCUUGCCUUUGCUUGGGGCCUUUCUUGCAGAUUCUUAUUUGGGCCAUUUCAUCACCAUUGCACUUGGUUCACUGUUCUCCCUCUCAGUAUGUCGUGUUUAUUUUACUCUCUAUGUCCCACAAAAUUUUCCUAUUUCAACUUUAAAGAUUAAGAUGUAGUUCUGUCUAAAACAAUUUUGAGGUCUUGAUAGUUACAUAUUACCACAUUUACUUUUAAAAUAUCAUUUCAAGAAAAUAUUAAAAGCCCGCUGGUAGCAAGAAAAUCGAGUGAUUUGGCUGAUUCUGCUGAAAUUUAUAAAGUUCUGACUGAAGUGGCAUCAUUGACUGAUUCUGCUAAUUUAUGAAAAAAAUAUUUUUUAAAUAUAUUUUAUUAAUAAAAUAAAGAAAAAAUAUAUGUAAAAAUAGCUAAAAUGAUCGUCUACAUUAACUUCAGCCAAUACAGCCAGAAAAGUAACCCCAACCUUACAUUUCAGCUUAUUAUACAAUUCAGCACGCGAAAUCAAAAGUUAUGUGUUUGGUGAAAAAGUUGGCUGAUAAGUCUGAUAAGCCGAAAAAUGGUGUUGUCAAACGGCCACUCAAACUACACCUAGAUAUAACAUAACUUCAAUACAAUACAAUACAAUCUGAAACGCCCUACAUGUUAAGACUCAAGAAUGUCGAAAAAACAAUUCUUUGAAUGAAAAUAAUCCGAAAUGACGAAAAAUACAUGACAAUACAAAUUGCUUACUUGUUUUUCUUCGUUUUUGAACAGCAAAAUUAGUAAGAAUAUCUCUACAAUCAACUAAUCAAGAUUGCCCAACAUUUUAUAUUUCAACUAAUAAGAGAACUAAUUCCACAAAAAACUAAUAACAGAACUAAACUAAUUAAUCUAUCCUCGGAUAUGCUUGAUUAAAGAUAAUUUUUAUCAACAUUAUUUUUAAAUAUAUUUUUUUUAAAUUAGUCAAUGACUAAAUAUAUUUAAAACUAGUGGUCUUAAAAAUGGGAGUCUCGUAAAAUUUUGGAGGCCCUAGACGAAUGUUACUAAGAAUGGUUUUACUUAGGACUGUAAUUUGAUGGUCCGGACUGAUCUGGUCUAUUUAAGUUUGGUCUGGUCUAAUUUGAACUGGUCUGGUAAAUAUUGGUCUCUGUGUUUUUUGUAAUUAUGGAUGUCUGGUCUGCUCUAUUUAAGUUUGAUCUGGUCUAGUCUGAUCUAUUUAAAUUCGGUCUGAUCUAAUUUGUUCAAGGCUGGUCCAAUCUCGAAGUGAAAACAAUCCAAGUAAAAACAUUUUAAUUCAAGUUUGAUUAAUGGUAAUUCGGGAUAAAAGAUUUAUCAAUGAAGGAUGUGAAAGAUGUUAAAACUUGGGGUUACAUCAUAAAAUGUCCUGAUAGGAGUAGCCUAUGGCUAUGUUUGGCAUGCAUAAGUCCCUACCUUCUAGCUUUUGUAUUGUUCAAAAAGUCUCUACAAACUUCUAAUUGUAUAUUUGUCAUGACAAUUUUUAAGAGCUUUUCAAAAAUUAAAAGAUCUUUUUUUUAGAAAAGCAUGUGACUUUUAGUACUAAUUAGUCCUAACAGCUUGUAUACCAAUCCAAAACUAAAUCAAACAUUCAGCUUUUUACCAAACAGCUACCACCUUUUCUUUUUAAGAUCUUUUUCAGUCACUAAAAGUUAACAGUUAUUAAAAAGCUUAUAAAAGUAUCUUUUCAACUAAUUGUGCCAAAAAUACCCUAUAUGUUAGUAUAACACUUUGUUCAUCCAAACUUUUCCGGCGUAAGACAUUUAUUAAUAAAAUAAAAGAUACUCCCUCCGUCCCAGGGAGAAGUUCCCGGGUUGACUUUCACACAUAUUUAGGAAAUAAAGUUACUGAGGGGUAAAUUUUACUGUUUGGCACUGUUUUGACACUGUUUGGCACUGUUUCGACACUGUUUGGCACUGUUUUGCACUGUUUGACACUGUUUUGAUGUAGGAUAACUUUCCAUUUAGGGAAAUGAGAACUUUUUGUUGGGACUACCAAAAAAGGAAAGUGAGGGAGUACAUAAUUGUCAAUUUUGGAAAAUGGAUUGUGAGCCAUGAAUUUACAGGGGACAUUUGUUUUGUGGCUGACGGCAAUGAUUGAGAAGUUAAGACCGCCGGCAGCGGCAUGUAGCAGCGCCCAAUCACUACCGUGUAAACCUGCCGCCGCCACGCCAGCACAGUACUUUGUCCUGGUGUCUUCAUUUGUGCUCAUGUCCAUCGGCGCCGGCGGUAUCAGGCCCUGCUCUUUACCAUUCGGUGCCGACCAGCUCGACAGGAAGGACAACCCUCGCAAUCAAAGGGUGCUGGAGAGCUACUUUGGGUGGUACUACACUUCCACGGCGGUUUCCAUUCUAAUUGCACUCACCGCCGUCGUCUACAUCCAAGACCACAUGGGCUGGAAAGUCGGCUUUGGAAUUCCGGCAGUCCUCAUGUUACUAUCUGUCACUCUUUUCCUCGUCGCCUCACCGCUCUAUAUCAAACGCAGAAGCAGUAGGAAUCUGUUGAAGAGCUUUCUCUGCGUCUUCGUGGCUGCUUUCAAAAACCGGCACCUCCCUUUUCCAUCUCACCUUUCCCUCUACCAUGGCAGCAGAGGUUCUGAAACCAUUCUGCCUACUCACAGACUGAGGUUCUUAAACAAGGCUUGCAUAAUCAAGAAAGGUGAAGAUGUGAAGGCAAAUGGGCUACCAACAAAUCCAUGGGAUCUAUGCAGUGUAGAACAGGUGGAGGAGCUAAAGGCUCUCAUAAGAGUAAUCCCAUUAUGGUCCACUGGAAUUAUGAUCUCCAUCAACAUGAGUCAAAGUGCAUUUCCUUUGCUACAGGCAAACUCCAUGGACAGGCACGUCACUAAAAGAUUCCAAAUUCCAGCCGGAUCCUUCAGCAUGUUCACAGUCAUAGCUUUAACUCUUUGGGUGGUCCUAUACGACCGUGCAAUCCUCCCAUUAGCUUCGAAAAUCCGAGGAAAACCAGUACACCUCAGGACAAAAACCCGUAUGGGAAUCGGGAUCUUCUUAUCUGCGAUGGCGAUGUUAUACUCUGGGAUUAUCGAGCACGUGAGGAAAAGAGAAGCAAGGAAACAAGGGUUGUUAGACAAUCCCCAAGCCAUUGUUGCCAUGUCAGCAAUGUGGCUCAUCCCCCAACACUGCCUCAGUGGGAUAGCCGAGGCUUUCAACGCGAUAGGACAGACUGAGUUCUACUACUCCGAACUUCCAAAAAGCAUGUCAAGCAUUGCUUCAUCUUUAUUCGGGUUAGGAAUGGCAGUGGCAAACCUUCUUGCUAGUGUUAUCCUGAGCACAGUGGAUCACAUUACCAAUGAAAGUGCCCACGGGAAUGAGAGUUGGGUUUCAAACAAUAUAAACAAGGGCCAUUACGAUUAUUACUAUUGGCUUCUCACUGUAUUGACCCUGAUUAAUUUGAUGUACUUUGGGGUGUGUAGCUGGAUAUAUGGGCCGUGUGUGGAGAAUGGUAGCAGAGUUAGCACUGAUGAGGAGGGAGAUGUCAAUCUACCAUAGGAUAGUGAAGUUUCUAUACCCCAAAAAGUUUUCACUAACUAAUAUGUAAAUAAAUCU